UUCCCCCUCCGACUUUUAUUUUGAAAUCGCAUCAUUUCCUUCUGUUUAAAAAACUCUGCUCUUCAGCAUUGCUGCAUCUUCCGCUGUGUCGCUACUACGCAUAUCUUAAUUACAUUUUUUCUUUCAGAUCUGAAGAUAAUCGAUUGAACAUGAAUGUGAUCGAUCAUGUGCGGGAUAUGGCAGCGGCCGGACUCCACUCUAAUGUCCGGAUCAUCAGUAGUUUACUCCUGACCAUGAGCACCAACAACCCGGAGCUGUUCUCACCAUCUCAGAAGUACCAGCUGCUGGUGUAUCAUGCUGAUGCCAUCUUCCAUGAUAAAGAGUACAGGAACGCUGCCUGUAAGUACAACAUGGCUUUACAGCAAAAGAAAGUGCUCAGCAAAACAUCUAAAGUUCGUCCCUCCAGCACAGGCGGCACCACCUCUGCAGUGCAGGCACAGAACUUGCCGUCAGAGAUUGAAGUGAAAUAUAAAAUCGCAGAGUGUUACACUAUUCUGAAGCUGGAUAAAGAUGCCAUAUCAGUGCUGGACGGGAUCCCUUCACGCCAGAGAACGCCAAAGAUCAACAUGAUGCUGGCGAAUCUUUACAGAAAGGCCGGUCAGGAACGUUCAGCCGUUACGAGCUACAAGGAGGUGUUGAGACAGUGUCCUCUGGCCCUUGAUGCUAUUAUUGGGCUUCUGUCUCUGUCGGUGAAGGGGGCAGAGGUCGCUUCCAUGACGAUGGACGUGAUUCAGAGCAUCCCGAAUCUUGAUUGGCUGUCUGUCUGGAUUAAAGCACAUGCUUUCAUACAUGGAGGGGACAAUCAGAGAGCAAUCAACACUAUCUGCUCUUUGGAGAAGAAGUCACUCUUGAGGGAUAACGUUGAUCUUUUAGUCACCCUGGCGGACGUAUACUUCAGGGCUGGAGACACCAAGAACUCCAUCUUGAAGUUUGAGCAGGCACAGAUGCUUGACCCUUACCUGAUCAAAGGUAUGGAUGUAUACGGCUAUCUUAUGGCCAGGGAGGGUCAUCUAGAAGAUGUCGAGGUUCUCGGAGGACGGCUGUUCAACAUAUCUGACCAGCAUGCAGAGCCCUGGGUCAUAUCUGGGUGUCACAGUUUCUACAGUAAGCGCUACUCUCGCGCCCUCUAUCUGGGAGCUAAAGCCAUCCAGCUGAACAGCAACAGUGUGCAGGCGCUCCUCCUGAAGGGGGUUGCGCUGCGAAACAUGGGUCGAGUGCAGGAAGCCAUCAUACACUUCAGAGAAGCCAUGAGACUGGCGCCCUGUCGUCUGGACUGCUACGAAGGUCUGAUUGACUGCUAUCUUGCGUCUAAUGGUAUCCGGGAGGCUAUGGGAAUGGCUAACAAUAUUUACAAGACGCUGGGAGCGAACGCCCAAACUCUCACCAUCCUGGCCACAGUGUGUCUGGAAGAUCCCAUGACCCAGGAGAAGGCCAAGACUCUGCUGGACAAAGCCCUCGCUCAGCGGCCCGACUACAUCAAAGCUGUCGUGAAGAAAGCAGAGCUCCUCAGUCGAGAACAGAAGUACGAGGAAGGAAUAGCACUUCUACGAAACACUUUAGCCAAUCAGAGUGACUGCGUGCUGCACAGAAUGCUGGGGGAUUUUCUCGUAGCUGUUAAUGACUAUCAGGAGGCCAUGGACCAGUACAGUAUAGCGCUAAGCCUCGAUCCAAAUGACCAGAAGUCUCUGGAGGGCAUGCAGAAGAUGGAGAAGGAGGAAAGUCCCACGGACGCCACGGUCGAGCUGGACGGUGACGAUAUGGAGGGCAGCGGGGAGGAGGGAGACCUGGAGGGCAGCGACAGUGAGGCGGCGCAGUGGGCCGAUCAGGAACAGUGGUUCGGCAUGCAGUGACCCUCGACACUCGCUGAGAGACUCUAGAGCACUUCAGACUUCAAAGAAAACAUCCACACUCUUGCAUUUUCGUGUGUGUGAACAGAGAUGCCAUAAUGCUCACUGCUGCCCUCUGGUGGUGAGUUACGGACAUUUACUGUUAAUCGGAUUUGUGCCCUCAAUCUUUUUAGUUUGGUCACAUCAAGAGAUUAAUUUUCAUAAAAAACUGUAUUAUCAGUAUACAACUGGUCUCAGAUGAGAAUACAGAACUACAGAGAUCAGAAACUAACAGGCCAACACCAAACUUCUGACAAAGGACAGGGUGAUCAUAUUUCAACAUGCAAUGCUGCAGGUGUUUGUCUAAAUACACAAUGAUAUUUUCUAAAAGUUUAUUAACGUUAAUUAAACAUCAUGCUUCUCUUUUGCUGUUUUGUACAGGACUAGUUAACUCUGCUGCCGUCCCCAUUAUAUUAAUAAAGGUGUCAAAUCUCUAAUUAUUUUCCAUGCUCUUUCAAGCCUUUUUUUUUUUUUUUGCACAAGUUAUGAUAGCCUCUGAUGAUGAUGCCUUUGUAAAAGAAUCACAAUGAGAAUGUCAUGAAACGUGCAAGUCAUAUUACGAAUUUCACAUAAUUUUUGGAACAAUUAUUUUCAACCCUAGUUUUCAAUACUGCAGUGUAAUAUUACUUUUGUUUAAUGCUCAUUCUCAAUGGUGAUUUCCAUGACAAUAAUGCAGUGAUACUUUUUUUUUUUUUUUUGCUUUUAUAUUAGUUUUGUAUCACAGCGCAGAAGUAGUUUUGGUUUAUUUUAUGCAGUUCUUUUGGUUUUGGGGUGAAUAUAACAGACAUUUCUUGACACGUUUUGUGAAAUUUAUCAGAGGAUAUGUGAUGCAAUCAUAAAUUCAAUUCAAAUUCAAAUUUUUUGUUUUUUUUUGCAGUGUAUUUGUCUUAAUGUUUCUAUAUUGUGUAAAUAAGACUGUUUUUUAAAUGUUUUGGGAUUAAAAUCAUGGCAUGAAAAAAAAAAAAAAGUGACUUGUUCAAUUUUAGUAACUAGAAUAUCACUUUUACUAAUACAAAAUAAAUCAACUGUUGCCAGUGUAAAGAAACAGCAGCGCAACCAUGUAAUAUCAUUUUUUUAUUAACCACAAGUCAUUGUGAUAAUUACAACACUGAUUUGGCAGCACCCGCCCUCCAGUUGUCAUGGGAACUGCUGUAAAAGACCGCCUGUCUCUCAAUGUCACACACACACAACGAACACCUGAAAUGAGCCUCGGCUUUAAAA